GAUGAGUUGGGAUUCUUACAUAGACAGUCUGAUUGCAUUUUCACGUGACCUGAAUGGAAAUUCACACAUCGACAAGGCCUGCAUAAUAGGAAUGGAUGGAGGUAUGUGGACGACUAAAUCCCAUCAGGCCAACCUUAAUCUCUCACAAGCAGAAUGUUCUACGAUCGCCAGAAACAUGAAUGCCGGAGAGAAGGGACAUAACUUUUAUAGUGGCAUACGGCUGGAGGGCCUAAAGUAUCAGUAUUUAAAGUUUGAUGGGGAUGCUAAACUGGUAAUUGGAAGAAGAAUAGGCAGUGGUGCCAUUACAAUACAGUGCUCACGAUCAGCUAUAGUGGUAGCUCACUGCCCAGAAGGUGCUCAGCACGGACAGUGUAACAAUGGAGUGGCAAAAAUUGUGGAUUAUCUCGAACGAUCUAACUGCUGAUUGAUUAUGUAUUGGCAUCAUCAGAAACAGUGUCAAUUAUUUUGCCAUGCCUGUGAUAGAAUCUUUGCAAGAUGUGAUAGUCUAUAUCUGCUAAAAAUGCAAUUAUCCUUGAAGAUUUAUAAAGAAAUAUUAUCGUAUUUGCUAUCAUACUUUCCAUCCUAGCAAAAUUUAACUUAGGCCACAUUCACAAUGUAAUUUCUAAGCUGCUCUCUAGCUUUCUGAAUUGUCACUAGUAAUGAUUUUUAUUCUAGGAUUGCUUCUAGCUUAAAAAAAUGACAGGAAAUCAUAUUCACAAAGAAAGGUGGUCUAAUGUGGGUGUUUAUGCGACAAAAAAAACCUAAAAGUUUCGGACGUUAAUAUCUUUGGAUUUUUAUUACCGUCUAAAUUCUUUGCACUACAGAAUAGUCACAGGAUAGAUUUUUGCUAUUUGAAAAUCUAAGCUCACAAACAUUUAGCAUAUAAAGGAAACUUGUUGUACGAGCAAGUUGCAAAGAGAAACAGAAUCAUAUAUUGUCAACUAAACUCAUUUAGCAAUCAAGGAACAUCCUAAUCAUCCUCAACAGUUAUUCUAUCAUCAUUUGUCGUACUUUUAUCGUAGUUAACAUCGAUAUAUUCAUUCACAUUUUAGUUUCCUUUAACAAAUGAAGUAAGAAGGGCAAAAUAGCUUCGUUUUUCAACUGCCAUGAUGAACUUUGCAGCUAGAAUUAUUUCCAGUCUACCUAAUGGUGUCAAGGCGGACGGUCCAACGAUAUUCUGAAUGCGCCUUAGCAGUAGCUGUACCUCUAUAACUGAUGAUAUACCAAACAAAGUGCGAAAUUUCCGGUGGAAGGUGGUCAGCCACCAUUGGCUGAUUAGGUUUAACGAUCACAAGCAAAACAAUGGUGGAAUGAUUGUGACAGCUUUUGAAAUGGAGUGCAUAACCCUUCGAAUAUUUAUGAAUUUGUAUAUUGAAGUGCAAUAAUACCCUUAUGGUUUUUAGUAACAUUUAUAAGGUGCAAUAUGCCUUUUGAAAUGUCCUAAGAGUGCUUUCGCUUUUGUCACCUUUUGUCUAAAAUCGUUCGAAAAUUCGUGAAAGAAAAUCGAACAAAUUUUUUCAGAAAUUUUAUCGUCCAAAAUUUUGGCUUUUAAUAUAGUUGCUCUCCAGGUCUUUGAAUCAAAUUAACGGAAAGCAUGAAAGUAGUGAAGUUAUAUUGUCAGAAUUAUAUGUUUCUAAGAAUUAACUGAUUCUAACUUUGAAAUAAGUUAAAUCCUUUAAAAAUUGGCUGAA